CUGCCUCCAGGAAGCCUCACGGGCCUUCGUCGGCCGGGCCGCAGCGCCGGCUCCCAGGAUGCAGUGUGGACCGGCCGAGCGCUGACGGGGGCAGCGGCGCGUCUGCGAGCGGAACGGCGGCAGGCCGGCCACCGAGGAACGCGGCGAGGGACGCAGGGCCAGGCCGAGGCGCCUGCGGAGAGACCCGGCGGCCGGGCCUGCGUGGGGCUGCGCGCGGCGGCCAGCGACUUCCUCCGCGCCGGGCCGGACAGCGCAGGGCCAUGGCCGAGGCGGCCGCGGCUCCGAUUUCUCCUUGGACAAUGGCAGCUACAAUUCAGGCCAUGGAAAGGAAGAUUGAAUCACAGGCUGCUCGAUUGCUUUCGCUAGAAGGUCGAACUGGGAUGGCAGAGAAGAAGCUGGCUGACUGUGAGAAGACGGCCGUAGAGUUCGGCAAUCAGCUGGAGGGCAAGUGGGCUGUGCUGGGGACUCUGCUGCAGGAGUAUGGGUUGCUGCAGCGGCGGCUGGAGAAUGUGGAGAACCUGCUGCGCAACAGAAACUUCUGGAUUCUGCGGCUGCCUCCGGGCAGCAAGGGGGAGGUCCCCAAGGUGCCCGUGACCUUUGAUGAUGUGGCCGUGUAUUUUUCUGAGCAGGAGUGGGGCAAGCUGGAGGACUGGCAGAAGGAGCUGUACAAGCACGUGAUGAGGGGCAACUAUGAGACGCUGGUCUCCCUGGAUUAUGCCAUCUCCAAGCCUGAGGUCCUCUCCCAGAUUGAACAAGGCAAGGAGCCAUGCACCUGGCGUCGUGCUGGCCCCAAGGUUCCAGAGGUUCCUGUGGACCCAAGUCCAGGCUCAGGGCCCCCAGUUCCUGCCCCUGACCUCCUGAUGCAGAUCAAGCAGGAAGGAGAGCUCCAGUUGCAGGAACAGCAGGCACUGGGUGUAGAGGCCUGGGCAGCUGGACAGCCAGAUAUCGGGGAGGAACCCUGGGGCCUCAGCCAGCUGGACUCUGGGGCAGGAGACAUCUCCACGGAUGCUACCUCUGGCGUCCAUUCCAACUUUUCAACCACUAUCCCGCCUACUUCCUGGCAGGCAGAGCUCCCUCCCCACCACCCAUCUUCAGCGUGCUCUGAUGGGACACUGAAGCUCAGCACAGCAGCCUCCACAGAAGCAGAUGUAAAAAUUGUGAUCAAAACAGAAGUCCAAGAAGAGGAGGUGGUGGCCACACCCGUGCACCCUACAGACCUGGAAGCUCAUGGGACUCUGUUUGCACCGGGCCAGGCUGCAAGGUUUUUCCCUAGUCCUGUACAGGAGGGAGCCUGGGAAAGCCAGGGGAGUUCCUUCCCCAGCCAGGACGCUGUCCUGGGACUGCGAGAGCCUGCCCGGCCAGAGAGGGACAUGGGCGAGCUCAGCCCUGCCGUGGCCCAGGAGGACACCCCUGCCGGAGACUGGCUCUUCGGUGGGGUCCGGUGGGGCUGGAAUUUCCGGUGCAAACCUCCAGUGGGCCUGAACCCAAGGAGCGGGCCUGAGGGGUUACCUUUCUCCUCCCCGGACAAUGGAGAGGCUGUGUUGGAUCCCAGCCAGGCCCCAAGACCCUUCAACGAACCCUGUAAAUAUCCUGGCCGGACAAAAGGCUUUGGUCACAAGCCAGGGCUGAAGAAGCACCCGGCAGCGCCCCCCGGAGGCCGGCCCUUCACCUGUGCCACCUGCGGGAAGAGCUUCCAGCUGCAGGUGAGCCUCAGCGCGCACCAGCGAAGCUGCGGACUGCCAGAUGGGGCGGGCGCGGGGGCGGCCACCGCGACCACCGCGAGCGGCGGCGGGCGGGACAGCAACGCCCUGCGCUGCGGGGAGUGUGGCCGCUGCUUCACGCGCCCCGCGCAUCUCAUCCGCCACCGCAUGCUGCACACUGGCGAGCGGCCCUUCCCCUGCACUGAGUGUGAAAAGCGCUUCACCGAGCGCUCCAAGCUCAUCGACCACUACCGAACGCACACGGGCGUGCGGCCCUUCACCUGCACCGUGUGCGGCAAGAGCUUCAUCCGCAAGGACCACCUCCGCAAGCACCAGCGCAACCAUCCCGCCGUCGCCAAGGCCCCGGCCCACGCGCAGCCGCUUCCGCCGCUGCCCACAGCGCCGCCCGACCCCUUCAAGAGCCCCGCUGCCAAAGGACCCUUGGCCUCCACAGACCUGGUGACCGACUGGACUUGUGGCCUAAGUGUCCUGGGACCCACUGAUGGUGGGGAUCUGUGAGGCCCCCACCGCCCGCGCAUGGCCCCUGCAGGCCACAAAUGUACAAAGCCCCGUGUGCAGACCGCAGGAUGGUAUCAAAAGCUUAGAGGCAAAAAGGGAAACUCGGCAGAGAACCAAAUUUCCACGAUGCUGAACUGAUCACUGGAAAAAGAGAAACCCAAACAAUGUAGCUUCCACCUCUAAACAAAGUCAGAUUCUCUGAUUGUGAAACUGAACACCAUAGUAGAAUUUUAAGUAAUUUAAUUGAAAAUCUGUUUUUUUGUUUUUUCUUUUUAAUUGAGGAGAAAGCUGGAAAACUGUAGUAGCACCGUUGAAGUUUUACAGUGUACUUUUGGUUUUCAGGGGUAUGUCCACGUACUCUAGGAGCGUUGGAAGGCUGGCCGUGGAGGACGGGGUGAGGAGGGCCCUGGGCACCUCUGGCCUACUGAUUCCUAAGCAUGGAUCCCCGAACCACAUAAUCCAGUGCCAGUUCAGUCCUGUUUUGCUCAGGCCACUGGUCUAGGCCUAGGGCCCUGAGCAGUGAGGGGCUAAGGCCUGGAACCCCUUGCUCCACUCAGCAGGAAGGACCCCACUAGGAGCAGCCACUGUUUUUGCCAGCUUGCCUCUCCUGAAAAGACCCGCAGAGCUCUGGCCUAACUUUUCCCUGUUCCAGGCCAUUUGUGUCAUCUGUCCAGGGGAAGGUGGCCACACCCCGUUGUCAUGUGGAGCUGUAGUGUUAGGUCUGGAGGGUAAAAAAAGUCAAGGCUGGGCAUUGAACCCUUGCACAUCUGGUCACAGAAAGCCAGGAAGGAAGCCAGCCAGCCAACCCCUGAGGCUGCUUUGUGCCGUGUUUUCAUUUUCAGAGUGCUUCCACAUCACAUCUCAUUUGACAGCUGCCAUGGCUUUGGGAAGCAACAGGACAGGCAUUUGUUUUUUAGAGAUGAGGAAAUAAAGGGCUCGGAAGGGCACAUCUCAACUUCUCACUGUGAGUACGCUGCAUGUGCCAGGAGCUGGGAAGAGCCAUAGCUCUUUUGGGGGGCUUUGGCCUAUUAAAGAUUUGUCCCACACCCAUGAGUCAGAUCCUCAGACCUCAGGGGGACUGCCUCAGCAGCUCCCCAAGUCCCAGCCUCCCUGAGGUAUGUGCUUGCUACCUACUUAGGGGCACUUAGUUUGGGGGGCUGGGUAAGGGCCCACCUCCAAUAUCUUCAACGUGGAAUUAGAAAUAGGCCCAGAUCUCUUGUCCACCACAGUGCUGUCCCCACCACACACACAUCCAUUCCCAUUUUGUUGAAGUGGCCAUUGGUCCUCUUGCCCAAAUGGGUAACUUGUCUCCCUGCAGAGGAGAAGACCAUGGUGUCCAUCCAUUCAGCUCCCUCCUGUCUACAUUUAUUAGGAAUAGACUAGUUAACAAAAUUGUUUCUAUGUACUGUAUAUUUUGUACCUGUUUACACUUCUAAUAUUGAUAUAACUGAUAUUUUGAAAAAACAAAUGAACAGAAAACAUCCUGUUAAAAUAAAACCUAACCAGCACCAAGGCAGUUGGGUGGAUUCCAUUCUUACACCUGUGUCAUUGCUGCCAGGGGGCUGAGCAGGGGAGAGGUGUAAGUCCUCAACUGUCUCCUGCCCUUAGUCAUCUUGAACCCAGAGAGAUGACUGUCCUUGAGAACUAGAUAUAAAAGAUCCUGUAGAAGUGUGAUUCAGAGGAGAUAAACUAACAUUUGGAGGGAGGCUCAAAACAUCAAAUCACAUUGCAUCAGAAUAUAAACAUAGUUUAUGUAAUUUAGUUUAAUUUGAGAUAUGCAUGAAGAUGGAAGGUCUGGGAAAGAAACUACAGAAUAUCAAAGAAAAAUAGAUGUUAGCUGUUUUAUCCUCACAUCUUUUCUUAGCUUGGCAGGUGAUUCCUGAAAUAA